AUGGCAUCCAUACCCACCGGACCUGCCGCGGAUCGGCGCGCCGACAGCCGACGUCUCGCCGACUUUGCCGCCAAGGCAGCCGAGACGUUCGUAUCGGCCUACUACGCAGCGUCGGAUUCGCCGCAGCGCACCAACCUCGUACCCACGCUCUACCUGCCCAACUCAUCGAUCGUCUGGAACGGCACACCCGUCAGCGGGCAGCAGGAGCUGCAGGCCAUGCUCAACAGCAUGCCGGGCAGCAAGCACGAAGUGCAUACGUUCGACUGCCAUGCGCUCGGAGGCGCCGUGGAUGGAGGCAACUUUACGGCUCCGUCGGUGAUGCUCACGGUAUCGGGGACGGUGUCGCACCACACGCCCGAGUCUGCAUCUGCGCUGGCGACGAGCGCACCCAAGUCGGCGACGGCUUCGACGCACGGUGCGAAUCGCAACCGCGGCAACUUUGAUCCGGACGCUCCCGUGGCGUCACAUCCGCGUGCGUUUUCACACAACUUUGUGCUCGUCGAUGCGACGAACAUCGCGCAGGUCGUCCAGACGGGCGAAGGAGGCGUGGCGGUUUCGAUGACGACGGGCAAGGAUGCACAGACCACGCUGAGCGCAAAGUACUUUGUCCAGGCGGAUAGCUUUCGCUUCGUCGGGUAG